AUGAACAAUAAAUCACACUCAAUAUUGACUAAAGACACAAUAAAUAAUGGAAAUAGUGUACAAAAAAAUUGUUUUUGUCCUUUAUGUGAUAUACACAUGAAUAGAAUAAAGAGGCCGCUUAAUACACAUCAAGAAAAUAAUGAAAAAGCAUUAGAUGGGAUUAAAGAAGCAAGAUGUUCUAUAGAUCGUUUACAAACUCUUUGUACCAAUCUACAUCAAACGAUGGAUCAUAGUUCAGAAAAACUACUUAAGUUAAAUCCAUAUCCAAUUUUAGAUACUGACCCUACCAUGGACAAUUUAAAUUUUUCAACUACACUGCCAAAAAUUCACUCAUUAGGUAAGAACAUGUUUUAUGUUAGCUAUUUUCAUUUUAAUUUCUUUAAAUUAUGAUAUAAAUUCUAUCAAAUACUAGGUGUAUUAGAUACCCACAAUUUCACCCAUGUGCAGUUUAUAUGUCUGUGCAGUCUAGUUAGUGUAUGUACCAUAAAUUUUGGACCAAAUUACUACCUAUGGUGAAACCUCCUAUUGUAAAACAUUUUGACCUUUCCUGAAACAUUACAUUUGAAAAUGAUAAAUCACCAACCUUUAACAAUUAAUGAUUAAUAACCAUUUCCUUCCCCCCUCCCUUAUCAUUGAAAUAUAUUUCAACAUUUUUCAAGAUCCCACUUUAGGAAUCCCAUGUUAGGCCUAAAGUCACUUUCUUUAUCAAUCAUCUCCCUUCAAGGUGUCACUGUAAUAUUUUUAUCAAAAACUGAUUUAUUAUAGAGUUUAACUUGACACCCCUUUUAACAUUUUACAAAUUGGGGAUAGAGUGAGUUUUAUCGAUUCCAAUACGAUUUACUCAUUUAGGUUAUACUUAUGUCAUAGGUUAAGUUAUUAUAAUAAUAUAAUAGUUGGUUAGUUUUUCAGAGUAAAAUUAUAGGUGGGAGUCCUCAUUGAGUUUCAUCUAUAACUAGGUGUGAGAACAGUCACUCUAAAUUGUUAAAAUUGAAGUAAACUUUUAUCCCCUAAUUCAACCCUCUAAGGGUAAAAUUUAAAAAAAUCCUGAUACUAGUGUUUCUUAAUUUUUAACCAAAUACAAAUUUUUUUUAUGAAUUUUAUUUAAAAAAAAAAAUGGUAGAUUUUUAUAAAAAAUUCCAUCCCUUAUUCAACCCCCUUAUCUUAAAAUCUUACCCCAGAAUCUUAGCGGAUUCCUACAUCAUAGUAGCUACCUAUAUAUAUGACAAAUUUUAGCCUGAUUCAUGCAGUGGUUUGAGUUGGGCAUUGAUUGAUUAGUCAGCCAGUUUAACCUUAUAUAUAGAUAUAAAUCAGUUAGUAAUUAUAUUAUAAAGAUAAACAUAAAAAUGAAUUAGUACAUAAUAGGUAAAUAAAUACUAAUAAUUAAUAUUUUUAUGUAAGGUAACAAAAUUAUAGAUCAUACAACACAAUCUAUGUAUGAUAUAGAAUCAACAGAUAGACAUAAUGAGGUACUCCAAUAUCAAAUUAAUUCAAGACGGCGAGAAGAAAAUAAAAACAAUGUAGGUCAAGAAAAAUUUAAAAAUAUUGAUCAGCUUAACACACCAAUCAAAAAAUAUGAUAAGUUCAUGAGACAUGGGAUUAAAGAAAAAAGAUGUUCUAUAGAUCGUUUAAAAACUCUUCGUACCAAUCUACAAACAAUGGAUAAUAGUUCGGAAAAACUACUAAAAUUAAAUCCAUAUCCAAUUUUAGAUACUGAUCCUACUUUGGACAAUUUUAAUUUUUCAACUACACUGCCAAAAACUUACGCAUUAGGUAAGAACAUGUUUAAUGUAAGCUAUUUUCAUUUUAAUUUCUAUACAUUUUAAUUAAAAUAAAAACUAUACAUUUUGGUAGUAACAAUUUUAUCAAAUAUAUCAAUUAGUAAUUAUAUUAUAAAGAUUAACAUAAAAAUUAAUUAGUGCAUAAUAGGUAAAUAAAUACUAAUAACUAAUAUUUGUAUGUAAGGUAACAAAAUUAUAGAUCAUACAACACAAUCUAAGUAUGAUAUAGAAUCAACAGAUCGACGUAAUGAGGUACUCCAAUAUCAACAUAAUUCAAGACGGUGGGAAGAAAAUAAAAACAAUGUUGAUCAAGAAGAAUUUAAAAAUAUUGAUCAGCUUAACACACCAAUCAAAAAAUAUGAUAAGCUCGUGAGACAACCACCUGUUCAUCGUCAGCGUAAAGUUGGUCUCAAUUGACAAUUAUUAUUAUUUAUUAUAAAUCCAUUUAUGUACUAUUAUUUUAUUUAGCUAUUACCAACAGUACCUUCUAAACCUCUUAAUUGUACAAAUUCUUUGGUAAAGACAAGUGGCUCAUCUGCCACCACAAAUAGUCAUUUAAAUAAUCGAAAUUCAGUUAAUAAAGAUCUUAUGAACGUUCCGAAUCAAAAAUUACUUGUCAAUCAUGUAAGAAUGUCUACAAUACCUGUAGAAACAAAAGAACCAUUAAUGGCUACUGAUGAUUACAAUAAGGUUAAUCCAAGUGACCCUAUGAGCCCUAAAACAGAAAUAAUACUUAAAAAUAAUAAUAACUUCGAAAAAGAACAAUUAAAUCUUUCUGAUAGAAAUAAUACAAAAUUAACUCAGAAGACAAGAAAGAGGGCUGAAAUUAUAAAAAAUACUUCUGUAUUUCCUGUUAGGUAAGAAUAAAAUAAAUAAAUAAUAUUUUAUUGUUAUAUCUAAUUAUUUUGUUUCAGUUCUUUGAAUAAUCAUUUAUUAAAUUCAUCCAUGGAAUUGACAUAUGAAAGUAAAUAAUAUCUUAAACAUUAUACUAUUAAUUGUCCAUUUAUUUUUAUGGUAUAUCGUUUCUGUUAUAGACAAGCAAACAAAUUUAAAAUCAUCAAUAAUACAAACCCCCAUUAAGAAUUUAGAGCCAGAUCAUAUCCCUGAUCAACAAAAUAAUUUUAGUUUUGAUCAUAUGUUUUCGGGUAUUCAAAUAAAAAAAAUAUAUAUUUGUCAACUGAUUUUAUUAAUAUUUAAUGAUUUGUUUAAUAAUCUUCAACGUAAUCAAAUUAUAGAUCCUCAAAAACGAAAAAGUAAUUCUGAACAGCAUUCAGCAUUAAGAUCAAGUUUAUUUUCAAAUAUGCCUCCUUACAUAAGAUUUGCUUCUCAUGAUGUAAAAGGUAAUUUAAUUUAUAUAUUUAAGUUUAAAUUGUAUACAAUUAUAAUUGUGUUUCAUAAAUAUUUUAGGAGAAUCUUUUCCAUUACCUUUGCAAAGGUUACUAAAGUGGAAACUAAGUUCCAUUACUCCUAUUGUUGUACGCCGUACUAUUCAAAACAGUGGUUUUAAACUAGUUAGAAGUGAGCAUAGUAUAGUUAAUAAUGAAAAUGAUCCUUCUGCCAUAGCUAAUCAAUCUGAUCAAAAUACAAUUUCCUUACAAAAUUAUUGUGGCGUUACACCUCCUAUUGUUGAUACACUUGAUGGUUCCUAUCCUUUAUCCAAUGAAUUAAUGAUGUUACCUCGUUCCCGUGAGUUUAUUUCUUAUAUUUUUCUUUGAUUUCAAUUUGGUUUUAUUUUUAAUUAUAUGUAUUAAUAAUUGUAUUAUUUUAUUUGAAUUCAUUUAGAAUCUAAUGAUUGGUUUGGUACUUGGGGUAAACAUAUGAAAUCAUUAUGUUUCAAAACACUACGUGAACAACAAAAGUUUAAUCAUUUUCCUGGCACUUUUCAAAUUGGACGCAAAGAUAGGCUGUGGAUAAACUUGCAUAGACUUAUGUUAAAGUAUGGUAAAGAUCAAUUUGGUUUUAUACCCACAUCAUAUAUAUUACCACAAGAAGCUACAUUAUUACGAAAAGUGUGGGAUGAAUGUGGAAAUGAUGGGGACAAAUGGAUUGUUAAACCAGUAUUAUUUGAAAUUUAAUCCCUAUAGUUUUUGAACAUAAAUGAGCAAAAACAAUUUUUUUUAGCCAGCAUCUGCUAGAGGAACCGGAAUUCGUGUGAUAUCAAAGUGGAAUCAAAUACCAAAGAAAGUUCCUUUGGUUGUUCAAAGAUACAUUGAUAAUCCAUAUUUAAUCAAUGAUACAAAAUUUGAUUUAAGAUUAUAUAUACUCAUCACUUCCAUCAAUCCACUUCGAUUAUAUUUGUAUGACAAUGGGCUUGUACGAUUUGCUUCAGGUUCAAUAUUUUUAUUAUUACAUUACUGACAUUUUUUUCACUUAUUUAUUUUUAAUUUUAGUUAAGUAUUCAUCUGAUAUUAAUACUAUAUCUGACCGGUUUAUGCAUUUAACGAACUACAGUAUUAACAGACUUAGCAGUCAGUAUACUCAAAAUGAAGAUGCUGAUGCUUGCCAAGGUCAUAAAUGGUAAAUAUUUUCUAUCAAAUAUAUUUAUUUUAGGUAUGUCCUUCUAUUACCAUUAUAGAGUGCUACUGUUAUUAUUCUUUAGGACAUUAAAAUCAUUAUGGACAUACAUGGAGAAAGAAAGAAAAAUUGAAGUUAAAAAACUGUGGGAAAGUUUAGAAGAUUUAGUUGUCAAAACAGUUAUCAGUGGUGAAUCACCAAUGAGUCAAAUGUGCCGGUCAAAUUUAAGUAAUAGAUAUAAUGCAUAUGAGUUAUUUGGAAUUGAUGUUUUAUUUGAUGAAUAUCUAAAACCUUGGAUACUAGAAGUAAUUUUUUUUAAAUUUGCAAAUUCAACUUUUUGGAAAAAAAUUGAUUUUAAUAAUUGUACACACUAUGAUGAUAGGUUAACAUAUCUCCUUCGCUUCAUUCAUCAUCUCCACUUGACUUAGCAGUAAAGGGACCAUUAGUUAAAGACUUAAUGAAUAUGGUUGGUUAUCAUAUACCAAACAAAAUGUCUCCUAGCACACAAGUAAGCUAUCAUAGCACAUGAAAAUAUUAAUUUAAUACAAUCAAUUUUAAUAAUUACUCAAUAUUAAUUAAUUUAAAAUAUUUGUUAUAUAGAAUACUUUAAUGAAAACGUUAGGAGUUCACUCACCACUAUGUUAUGAUAAAAGGUUAUAUACAUUCAAUUUAUCAGUUAAAGAACAUGAUAAACAAGAAUAUUAUACAAAUGUUGAAUCUAGAAAAGAAGUAAUAAAUUUAGUGAUUCAAUUAUUUACAUGCAAGUUAUUAACUAAUAUUUUUAAUUUGCAUAGUACAUUAAUAGCAUAUUAGAUGAUCUAUUGCCAGAUGAUGUUCGACAUCUUAUUGCAUAUGAAGAUGAACUUACACAAGUAGGAUCGUAUGUAUUUGUAUUUAUAAAUAAUCAGUGGUAUAUUAUAAUAAUGAAAGGAAUAUACUAUAUUCAAUUUUUAAUUCAAAGCAGUAAAAAUCUUAGUUACACAUAUUAGUACUUAUUACUCAAUAGGCACUUUUACAUUCACAUUUAAUCAUGUAUUUUAUUUUAUUUUUAUUUUUAUUAAUUUGUAUUUCAUAAAAUGUCUAAUUUAUUUAUUGGUUGAUGCUCAUAAAGCCAUACAAUAUAUAUAUGUGAAUAUUCACAUGUAUAACACAACUUGGUAGUGUAGUGCACCAUAAUGUGUGGUGUAUUUAACAAUAAUAUUAAGCAUCAAUACUAUUUGGCCACAUAUUAGGAGUGUGGCUGUGAAUAGUUUAGUCAUGCAUAUUAUAGGGGGUAGCAACAAAAUGGCGGAGAAUGAAAGACCACAUUAGAAAUUGACGCCAAUUAAAUAUUAAAUUUAAAUUGAAUUUUAAUUUUUGAGGUAGAGAGAUGAAAUAAAUAACAAGUUGUUGCAAAUUUAAGGAAUUUUUAUUGGAUAUAAAAAAAAUUAAUUGUGAAACAGAAUGUCGGAUAGAUGGCAUCUGUGAACGGAGAUACAUUCAUUGAGACGCUUUCUAAAGAUUUUCAUCACCUUCUUCAACAUUUCCACUGGAAUUAAUGCAAUUUCUUUUCUAAUUGCUUCCUUUAAAUUGGGAAGAGUUCGUGGCUUGAUGACAUAAAACUUUGACUUCAGAUACCCCCAAAGGAAGAAGUCGCAGGGCGAGAAAUCAGGCAACUGGGGUAGACAAGGAAUGUCAACAUUUUGAAGACCAAAUAUCUGGAAAAAGUUAAACGAAUGAGAUCCAUUGAGAUUCUCAAUGCAGUAUCUUGUAGGAAUAUAAAUUUUAAAUGUUUCAGUAAAAUGGUAUGAAGGCUCUGACUCGAAAUUUCGAGCAGUUGACCAUCGUGAGCUUUUCUCAACAGAAAUUUAAAAACAUGCUACAUUUUCUGGUGCGCCAACAUGCAUGCACUACAGGCACUACACCUUGAGAUGUUGGGCAACAUUGUGCGACAUCCCCUCCCAAAGUUAUGCCAAUUACAAAUGUGGCCUUUCAUUUUCCGUCACUCUGUACUUGUUCAUAAAUAAACUUUGGGUUUAAUUUACUCGUACUUGUCACUUCUACUCAUACUAUCAUUAUUUUUACUGUUUGUAUAGGUAAAAAUGGGUGAACAAUUAAGUUACUAAUUUUAAGUACUAAGCACCAUGUAAGCCUUUUUAACAAUUAUUUUAGUAGAAAUUCUCAAUAUAUAUAAUUAAUCUUUGGUUUAUGUGACCUCUGGGACGACUUAUUCACACAACUCCUUUUUUUAGUUAUCUGUUUUUGAAUUGGUUUUAUAUUGGUCUUUUUUAUCUAGUUCUGUUACAAUACUACCUAAAAAAAUAAGUUGGCUAAGCCAUAUAUUUCUAGCAUUUUGAAUUUUUCUUGAUUACAUACUAAAUUAUUUUUCUCUAUACAUAGUAUUUUUGUCUCCACUCUUUCCAGCUAUAUUGGUUCAAAGAGUUUUUUUUAGUAUUAUUCUUUCAAAUAUUCUUCUUUGUGUGUUGGUCAGUGGUAUUUAAAAUUUUAGUUCCCUUUCUCUUUCCAAAAAUCAGCAAUGUUAAUUACAUUGUAUUGUAUUUAAAUUUUUUUCUUAAAAUGUUUUCCUUUUUUUCUCUUAUUGAUAGCAUUCCUGCACUCACAGUUUGUGUCUAGUUAGUCACUUGUGAGUCGUGGGAGUGAUUCAGUCAAUCAUCUCCCUAUAUUGUACUUUAGAGUUCUAUUGGACUCGUUCCUGCCACUUUAUUAUUUUGUUACUGUUAGCAGUUCUAUGAUGGGUUUACUAGUUUUAAUGAUACUUUUCAAUUUUUUUAAAUAUUAUUUGAUAUCUAUUUUGACUACCUAUGGUUUGCCGGUAAUCACAAUUCGGUUAUCUUAACUACCUAGUUAAGUAUCCAAAUCUGGAGUUAUUUUUUUCAAUUAAAAGUCCAAUAUAGCCUACUUUGAACAUACGCACAUCCAUUAGUCAAAAAUUAUGUUACCAGUGCAAGCUAAUGAACGACUUUAAUCCUCUAAUUACUCUGAUUUGUUAGCAAAACUAUGUUGGUAGGUAACCAAAAUAGUCAUCAGUGGUAGUCGAGAUAACUAAAUUGUUACACCCAUUGGUAGUUCAUCAUACACUUUCAAUUGAAAAGUAUCAUUAUAAUAAAUGUUUUUCUAGUCUGCUAAUAAUUUGAACUUUGCCAAACUUGGAUGUCCAUAGUUACUUGUCUAUGUUUUUCUUUUCUCCAUUGCUGCUAUUUCUAUUUGGAGGAGGAAGCUCACUCAAAAUCUGUAUUUUUCUAUUGGCCUAAGUUUUAGACAGCCACUAAUUAUUAUAUUUAUUUGUUAACCAUCCCUAUACUGAGCUGGCACACUCUGGCUGAAGAACAAAAGGCUAGACUGGUCAUUUGAUGCACCUUGGAGCAAAUGCCCUAUUUCGCUCUUUCUAAUUUUUAGAUUAUAUUAUUCUUUGUUGCGAUUUUUAUCUCAGUAUUCUCUAACUAUACUUUAUAUUUUAGAGUAGGAUCUAGUUUUACUCUUAAGUACUUUGGGUUACCCAGAUCUAUUUUUCCCUUUGUUAGUCAAUAUUGAAUUUCCUCUUUGCUUCUAUAUAUUUAAGAUGCUAUGGACAUACUUGUGUAGUUUUGUGUUGUUUAGAUUUGGUUUCAGAUGGUUUCAUGCAUAGUAUUCAGUUAAUGCCACUAAAGAUUCCUUAAUUAUUUUUUCUGUUUCUUUAAAACUAUUUCCUUGUGCAGCUUUAUAACUACUGCUAGAUACAGUAUAGAUACAGAAAAUGUUUCAUUGCAAAUUCUCUUGGUUGAUCAUUCUAUCUGUAUAAAUAUUAAAAAGUAGGUAGUUGCCCUGAGGUAGGUCAUUAUUUUGUUUUUUCCAUUUCCUUUAAGCAUCAAUUGCCUUUAUCAAAAUGUUUUAGUUUAUAUAACACAUGUGACAUAUGUUUAAUUGACAGUUAAUAAUACUGAACUGUAUUUUUUUUGAAACUUUAUUUGCCGUUUAGAAAAACUAUAAUUUAGAAAAGUAUACAUGAUUAUUGUGGGUUCCUUUAUAGUCACUUUGAUAAUUACAGAAGGUAAAUCACUAAUUGUAGGUAAACAGUGUACAAAUGAUUAGAAGUUAUGGCCAUUUUUGGUGAUCUUACAAACAAUCUUAUAGAGAAUCUUGGUAUUCUGGAAUCAAGUGAACAUAGUAUUGAUCAUUGAUUUACUCUCUAGCUAAUUGCCUGUAUUCUAAAAACUCCAAUACUCUGCUUUAAAUAUAAUAUAAUCAAUAGUAUAUAUGAACAACUUACUAAAACUAUUAUUAAUUUUUAGAUUUCAAAAAGUAUUCCCUACUACUUCAUCAUUUAAAUAUCAUCAAUACUUUAAUGGCUCAAGGUAUUACAAUAUGCUUUUUGAUGCUUGGGAAUGUAAAUAUAGUAACAAAAGAGAAGAAGGUAAGAGUUUAAACUUCUUUUUCUAGAUGUCAACAUUUAAAUAUAAGUACUGUUGGUUUUAUAAAAUGAUUCAUUAUUUAAGUUAGAGAUAGCCAUACAUGGCUAUAUUUGUUCCAAAAGCAUUUUAUAUUCUUAUUUAUAUAUCUAUUAAUAUUUUAAAUUUUUGUAAAAAUGAAUAUGUAUUACAUUCAACUUUUAAAAUAAUAUAAUAAAUUAAUAAUUCACCAAAUAUAAAAAAAAUAUGCUGGAUUGGACUACUUUGAAACCUGGACCAGGAAUUAAAAGUAUAAAAAUAGUUUUGAUUUAAAAAUAACAUCAUCAGCUAAUAGAAUAGCAAAGGCAAAAAAAUAAUUUGUGUCUGAACAUAAAAUAACAGGAAUACAUAGAAAAAAGUUAGUUUUUACACACUGAGUAGACCAAUUUUAUUAGAAGAAAUUAUAUUAAGAUGAGAAAUUGUAUGUAUUAUAUAAAAAAAAAUAUUGGUAUAGAAUAUAAUUUUUGAAUUCUGACUGUAUAUUCAAUGUGUUUUGGAUUGUGAGUGAAGCGAAGCAGCUUAUAGUUUUACAAAGAUGUUAUUUUUGUUUUCUGUAGACAACUUUUCUACUAACAAUUUUGUUCCAACUUAUAAUGAUAAUUCAAUUUUUAAAAGAAAAUUUCACUAGGGAAGUACUUAAAAAAUAUAAUUUUUCAAUUUUCCCAAGAGUUUCCACAGUGAAAAUGUGAAAAACCGGAAUAAAACAUGGGAAAACCUGGAAACAUAUAAAGCCUAUUUAAUUAUUUUACUAUAUUAUGGCACAUAUAUGGUUGGCCAAGCAUGAAAAGCAAUUGAACUCCACUCAGAGUCGUUUUUUUGUAAGCAAUGAUUUAUCUUUGCUUACAGGUAUAUGUUAAAUUAUCUAUAACAGUGACUGUACCCUUCUCAAUUAUCCUAAGACAUCUCUUUAUAAAUUUUUUUUUAUUAACUUAACUAUAAAUAUUUAAUUUUUCCAAUACAUAAUAAAUGUAAACAUCUUCUUGGGUAGGUAUUCAAAUCUCUUAGGUCAUUAUGUAUAUACAAAUCAACAUUAUGACAAGGUAUUCUCUUAAACAUGCCAUUAGAAUUAGGAGAAGCCUUGGUUAUUCUAUUAUGUAAAGAUAAUAUUUUGUGUGUAGAUGUAUAAAAUUCUAGCCUGAGUGUUUAUUAAUGUAUAAAAGCUCAGGUAAGCUCAGUUUAAAAAUACUUUUCAAACUUCUGCCAAAAUUAAAUAAAUACUGACAUUUAAAAUCCCUGCUAGUUUACUAUUGAGUUUGUGAUAUAUUGUUAUCAAAACUAAUAGUUUAUGUAAUACCGCAAAAUUAGGAGAGUCGUAGAAUUGUUAGCGUGAGUUUAAAAAGAUACCCUAGGAUAGGUGACGGGUGCAGCCACUGUUAUAGGUGGGAAUUUAGGAAGUUAGGAUACAGUAGGUAAUUUAAUGUAAAUCUGUAAGCUACAAUAAACCAUUGCUAACGAAUAAUGAUUCUGAGCAGAGUUCAGUUGAUAGUGAUGCUUUAUCAACAAUAUAUAUUACGUCAUAUCAUAGUAAAAUAAUUCAAUAGGCAUUAUAUAUUUUCUUUUACAAUAUUUGUUUAAUAUUGUACUGAUUUUCUGGGUUUCCCAUGUUUUCCAUCUAUUGGGAAAAUUCCUGAGAAAAUCAAAAUAUGACCUCCCUAAUGUAUCACUCCAAGAAAAUUUCCUUUCAGAAAAGAGUAUAUUGUAUACAUCGGAGUAAGCUUUCUGGUAGAAAGUGCUCACAUAAAAAAAUAAUUUAAAAAAGCAUCUUUGUAAAAUCAAUACAACCUUCACACCACUAAAAAAAAAUGUAAUAAGUCUGUGAAAAAAUCCCAGCCUGACACAUAAUAAAUUCAAAAAAUCCAGCCUUUGCAGGUUUUUAGUAUUUACUUACAACCUUACAACUCAUCUAACUAAUUCAGGUCCCCUUUUUGAACUAUAACAUGAAAAAAUAACCCUUCCACCUUUAAAAACCUUUGAUUUAUAAUAUACUAGGCUUUAUUUUUGUUUUUUUAUUUAUCUGUAUGUUUAUUUAAUUUUUAUUUUGCAUAUAUACCUAUGUAUAUUUUAUAUUAUAUUAUAAAUCUGUGGCUUUCUGUAAGAAGAGCCAAUACUAAAAAAAAAUUCUUAAAACUAUGGACCUAACAUUAGAUUUUUUAAAUCUUGCACCCAGUUAAAUGUAUAUUUCUAUUUUUAUAAUUUUAGAUUUUGAGUGGAGAGAAGAAGCUUAUGAUUUUACAUAGAUGUUUGUUUUUUUUUCUGAGGACAAUUUUUCUACCAGUAAUUUUGUUGCUUUUUUGAUAGCAAUGUUUCUGAAAAAAAAUUUCACUGGGGAGGUAUUUUAGAGAGGUCGUUUUCCAUUUUUUCCAGAGUUUUUUAAGCAAAUAUGAAAAACAGGAAAACAGGGAAAAUCAGUAAACAUUAAACAAAUAUUAUUAAAGAAAAUAUAGAAAGCCUAUUUAAUUAUUUUACUAUACUAAGGCAUAUUGUUGACAAAGCAUGAAUAUCAACUGAACUUGGCUCAGAAUCGUUUUUCUGAAGCAAUGGUUUAUCAUUGCUUACAGGUAUACAUUAAAUUACCUAUAAUAUUGACUGCACCUGUCCCAAUUAUCCUAGGACGUCUUUUUUUUUUUUUUGAAAAUAAUUUAUAGAAAAAAAAUUUAAAAUAAAUGAUAUUGAAUGACUGGGAUUUAGCAGAUCAUUUAAAUCUAACCCAUCAUAUGUUAAAACUUUUCAAAAUAAAGUAUUUAUAUUUGUAUACUAGAUUAAAAAAUCUGAUUUCAGAUUCAGAGUAAAGCAAGGAAUUUACUGGUUUUUCUCAUUUUGAAUGUUAUGCUUAUUUUUCUAAAAGCACCUAUAAUUACACAGCAGGCUGUAAUCACAUUCACUAAUUGCUAAUUAUUAUUAUAACUAUUUGACUGUAAACUUUUCUUUCUCUGAUCUUUAAAAAAACUAUUCAAGUUUACUAAUUUCAUACAAAUAAAACGUUUUUUAAUUUUUUUAUACCAAAAUAUAAAAAAUUAAUAGAAAUAUAAAUAUUUAUAAUCCUUAUUCUCAUGAGUAAUAUAUGCAUAAAAAAAAUAAAAAAACAGAAUUUGAUUCUUUAUUAUUUCAGGAGAUAUUGCAAUGGGUAUAUCUUUUUGGAACGCACUAUAUAUCAGCAUACUUAUUGUUUUACAUAAUAAUCCCAUUAUAUAACUAGGUAUUGUAUUAUGUAUGUAUAUGUAUACUAUUAUUUUCAAGGUAUUGCUCUGCUUGAUAUGUUGUGUCAAUCAAAAGUUCACUUAGAAGUGCCAGAUAUUGAUGAAGAGCAAUCAAAAGUAAUAUUUUAAAUAACUAAAGAAUAAUUUUUAAGUAUAUAUACAAAAAUAAGAAUACAAUCAUUUUUAUAAGUGUCAUAUGAAUUUGAUAUCAUAUUAUUUUUACUGGAAAGAAUAAUUAUUUUAAGUUGAAAUAUUUACAAAUAUUAGUAUUUUAUUAAUAUUAGUAAUAUAUUAUAUUGGUACAUGUUUACAAACUUAAGUUUAAAAAUUAUGUUUUUAUUGAAUUAAUAUCUAAUAUAAAUUAAUCAGCAUUAUGUUAAGUAAUUUUGGUUUUUACAGUGCCUAAUACUACUACUUAAUCUAAAUAUACUUGGAUAUUAAAAGUGCAUAAAUCUAAAAAUAUAAAUUGAUUAUCUACUUUUAAACAGUUUUUAAGAUUUAGAAUUAUAAUUUAUUGGGAUGUUAAAAAAACAAUUCUAUCUGAAAUUAACAAAAAAUAAUAUAAAAUAGUAAUAAAAAUACUAAUUUUGAUAUAUUUGGGAAUUUUGGAAUUUCUUUUAUAUGGAAACAAAUACAUUUUAAAUUACUUAUGUCAAAUAUUUUUCAUUCAUUAUUAUGUUUGUAGUUUAUAAAAAAAUUAAAAUAAUUAUUAAAUUAUCUUAAUAUUUUAGAUUGUAAGUUGAGUGAGAAAUGUAUUGGUGAAAAACUUUUUUACUAGAUAAUUUUGCUCAUGUUUUCAAAUGUAGUACUUUGUCUGAAAGGAAAUUUUCCUGGGGUAGUACUUUAGAGAGAUUAUUUCUUUGAUUGGAGUUCCAUAAUAAAAGAAAAAAAUUAGAAAAAACGGGAAAAUCUACGAAACGUAUUAUUUUAAAAUCAUAAAUAUUACAGCCAUUUAAAAUAUAUAUAACCAGGAGAGGCAUAGAGGCCGCCUCUCCUCCUAAGCCUAUAUUUUUGUUAAAAACAACUAUACAAAUUAUGUACUAUCGAGUAUUGCAGACAUGGACAUAUAAGUGUGUAGUUAUCUACCUACAAUCUAUAUACUAUGAAAUAUAAUAAACUUAUAAAAUAUAUUUUUAAAACAGUUUUCUGAAAAAUAUGACUUGGCUUUCUCCCAACCAAGUCUCCGGAGCCGCCCCUGUAUAUAACUGACCUCCACUCAGAAUCGUUUUUCAUUUGCGAAGAUCAAUUGGUGUAUAUAGAUAUACAUUAGAUUCCCCUCUACGUAUCCUACCUUCUCAACUUCAUAAAAUGCAUACAAAUUUUAGGAACUAUUAAGUACAGAUUUAUGUAUACAUUUCAUUUUAGAGAUUUUAUUUGUGAUCAAAUUAUAAACAAUUGAAAAUGAACAAAUAUACACGUGUUAUUAUGUCCUAUUUCCUGUUUAUAGGAUAUAAUGUAAUUAGGAAACUAACAGUCUUUUAUUCUUACAUUAACUAACUGAUAUACCUAUUACAGAUAUCAUACAGUGAUCAAUCUAGCAAAAGAUUCUCAUUAUCUCGGAAAAUAUAAAGAUUUUUCAGAAUUUGUUUUGUAAAAGAUUUUAGAAACAUGCAGCUUUACAUAUUAUCAUAUAUUUUAGAUUUGAAUCGUAGCGAUGACUUUACCUACUAUAUAUUAUAAUGUGUUUUUUUUUUUAUGUCUGGUUUUUACUAAAAUUCUCGCUCUGAUAUGUAGUGUGUAGCAACAUUUCUGAGAGGGAAUUUUAUCAAAUUAAUGUUAAAAGAAGUUAUUUUUCAAUUUUUCAAUAGUUUUCGUAAUAAUUGAGGUAAACCAGAAAAAUGAAAAACAAACAAAUGUCAGAUUAGGUAUGAUUUCAUUAUUUGGAAUUUGUACUGCUUACGUUUUCUACCAGAAAUAUUUCUUCAUAAAAAAACGACAACAGGCAUUUUUUAAUAUAAUUGGCUAGUAUUUUUUAUUUUAUUUUUAUUAAGCAAACCGAAAAAAGAACGUAGAAUGAACGAAAAAAUUUACGAAAAUAAUGAUUUUAUUUUUUAUUCAAUAUUGUUUUAUGUUGUGAUUCAGUUUAAAAUAUCUAUGGACAUUUGAAAUAAAAAUAGUAAACUGAAAUUUGCUUUCUAUAAGACGUGAUAAAAUUAUCAAAACAUUUUAGUCAGUUUUAAGCUAUAUUUUAAUUUUAAGAGUUUUUUUAGGUAAUUUGUAUUCAGUAGUUGUUCUGUGAUUGUUAGGUCUAAAUUAAACAAAAGGAAAAAUUAACAGGAGUUUCAUUAUUUCAAAAUUUAGUGUCAUGUGGAAUUUUUUAUAAGGAUAUUAAUAUCAGGUUUUGACAAAACUAAAAAAUUAUUAUGAUCUUUCAAAACAUGCAUAACUGAACUCCACACAGAAUCAUUUUUUGUAAUAAUAAUUAAUCGGUGCGUACAGGUAUAAAUUAAAUAAUUUUUGUAUCUCACCUUCCUAACUACCCACCUUCAACAAUGACUGCACAUUUUCCUAGUAUCAUCUAUUUUUUUUUUUUUUUUAUUAAUUUUCAAUUAUUCAUAAUUUGAUUACAAAUAAUAUCUCUUAAAUGAAAUGAAUACAUCAUGCACUUAAGAGUGCAUGAAUAUUUUUAAUGUAAUCAAAUAUGAUAUAAUUAAAAAUAUUAAUGGGGCUACUUUAAAACAUUAUUUUAAAAUAUGUUUUAUAUAUUUAAUGAUAAAAAAGAAUUUUAAAAAAAAUGUACUUUAUACUUAAUUGUUCCUGAACAUUUUAAAUAGAUAUUAUUAUUAGUUUUAAAGAUAUAUUGAAAUUUUCAAAAAUUAUCCAGCUCACUUAUCAAGUAAAAAAAAUUUUUAAAAAUUAUAUGACAUGACUUAUGAAUUAUUAUUAAGUUAUUUAAUUCAUAUUUAAAGGGUAUGGAUACAUUUUUUUUUUUUUUUACAAUUUUAGUUUAGUAAACAAAGAUUUACUCAACAUUUGUUUUUAAAAAUUAAUAAUCAAAAUAAAUGGUAACCAUUUUGUGGUUUUGAAUCCAAAAAUAAUUUAUUAGUUUUAUAAAAACACUAAGAGUGACAUUUCAACCUAAAAUUGUUUUAAUAAUAAUAAACUUGUAAUAAAAAAAACUAAAUUGUUUGUAUUAAAUUAAAAAAAGAAAAAAAACGAACAUACUUCGCACAAUGGGUGAGUCACGGUUAUAGAUUUAACGUUGGGAAGAAAGAAUAUAGAGGAGAGUUCAAUGCAUAUCAAUAAGUAACUAUUAAUCGUUGCUAACAAAAAAAUGAUUCUGAGCGGAAUUUGGUUUUGCAUGUUUUAAAAGGUAGUAAUAUUUCAGAUUUUGAUCAAAAUUUGAUAUUAAAAUCCCCCCCAAAAAAAUUCUAUGUGAAAACUUGACUUUUACUUAUUGAUCAAUACGUAUAACCUUAUAAUGAACCUUAAAAAAAUGUUCAAGCCUUUCUGUUUGAUUUAACAAUUUUAUAUACAGAAUACCUACCAAAUAAAAAUUAUAUAAAAACAACUAACAAAAUAAAAAUGAUUUUAUCACAUUUAGAAAAGGCAAAUAUAAGUUCUCUGUGCAAAUUUCAAUUCCCCACAAAUAUUUUUAACUGAAUCACAAGAAAAAAACAAAAUUUAAAAUUACAAAAGUAUUUAUUUUGUAAAUUUUCCUGGUUUUCCUCGGAAAAUCAAAAAAUUAGCUCCUUAAUUUACCAACUAGAUGAAAUUCCCUUUAAGAAAAAGUGUUACACUUUAUACACCAGAGAAAGAUGACUGGUAGAAUUUUUAUAUACAUUAUAAAAAAAAAAAAAUAAGUAAAUAAUAAAAUAAAACCCAUUGUAAAACCAAUAUAUUUCUAUCUAACCUACCUUUAUAUAUUCAUUAACAAUUUAGUUUAUUUUUAUUUUUUGUGUGUUUUUAAUACUUAGUUUUCUUCUGAUUAAGAUUUAUGACACCCUCCAAAAUACACAAAUGGAAGUUGAAAAAAUGUUGGAGGAAUCUGGCAGUGAUAAAAUAAGUGACAAACAUCAAGAGGUCAUCAGAUUAUCUGAUAACUGA